UUCAAGUUGAGAAGGGUUUCACUGAGUUCUCUGUGGCUCUAUUUAAUAAUCUGACUUGGGACCAGCACACUAUUUCCCAUGGGUUGAAUGCCACAGAUUGGGAAUCACCUGAGUUAGUCCAUUUAUUAUCCCUAUUGUCCAGAGAUGGCAACAGAAAAGGUUGUGAGUAUCUCUUAGAGGUUCUCGAUAAAUUAUGGGAUGAUUGCUAUAGUGACAGAGCUACAGGGUACUGCUCUUCUAAGUCUGUUGCAGAUAGAAAGCCCUUCAAAUCUUCAUUUAUGAGCACCAUCUGCGAUGUGCAAUGGGUAGUAUCAGGAAUGGAUGAUAAACUUCACUAUCCCAAGGAUCUAUAUCACGACAGUGUUGCAGUGCGGUCAAUUCUUGGUGGAUCUGCCCCAUUUUUUGUUCCUAAGGCUAGCAGUGAAAAAUUUGUAUCUGAUAUUGGUUUUAAGACAAGAGUCUCUCUUCACAAUGCUCUGGAGAUGUUGAAACCAUGGAGAUGUGAGAAUCCGUUUAGGGCCAGCCUAGCACAAAUGUCCAAAUUUUACUCAUUAAUCUGGAAUGAAAUGGCUUCUUCAAAGAAGACAACUGCAGAGGAAUUCUGUUUGGAACCUUUUGUAUUUGUUCCAUAUGAAUCUAGCUUCCGGCAUGAGGAUGUGGUGUCUGGUACAUUUCUGUCCCUUGAAGAAGUAUACUGGGAUGAUUCUACUUUCUUUGUGGACCAAAUCAAGGAGAUCCAUCAUCAGUGCAACUCAACAGUUGGUAAUCAUGGCGGCCCCAUAAACAGGAUUCUGAGUAAUUUCUACCCGGCCCUUCAUGAAUUCUUUGUUGAUAUAUGUGGAGUACAUGAGAUCCCUCCUCUUCGUAGCUACCUUCAGAUUUUGCUACAGUUUUCAAAUGCUGUUUUGCCUUGACAAGCAGCUAAUGCUGUUUUUCAAGUUUUUCGGAAGUGGGCUGAUGGGCUCCAAUCAGGAAUGAGUGCUGAGGAUAUUGUAUACUUGAAAGAUUCUCUUACAAGGAUGGAAUGUACUGUGCUUCCUACUGUACAGGAUAAGUGGGUAUCUCUACAUCCUUCCUAUGGUCUCCUGUGCUGGUGUGAUGAUAAGAAGUUGAAGAAGCAGUUUAUGCAUAUGGAUGGACUUGAUUUUCUUUACUCUGGUGGACUAAGUAAUGAUGAUGAAGAGACCCUAAGUGCAAAAAUGUCCGUCCUCAUGCGAAACUUAGGGAUUCCUGCACUUUCAAAGGUUGUGACUCGUGAGGCGAUGUUUAAUGGUCCGACAGAAUCUAGCUUUAAAGCUGCAUUGCUGGAUUGGGCUCUGCCAUAUGCGCAACGCUUCUUACAUAGUUUACAUCCUGAUAAAUAUUCUCAACUCAAGCAGUCUGGAUUCGAUAUACUAAAUCGUUUGCGAGUAGUAGAAGUUAAAAAGCUGUCCUACCGCAAUGUUAUAAAGAUUGCUGGAAGUGAAUCCAAGAAGCAAAUCGAAUGUAGUUGUGUUCUGCAGGAUCACGAUCUGUAUACAACCCAGGAAUCAGAUUCUCACGCAUUAUUUAUGGAGCUUUCUCGUUUGUUUUUUGAUGGAAAACCAGAAUUAUACUUGGCAAAUUUCCUUCAUAUGAUCACAACAAUGGCUGAAUUAGGUUCAACUGAGGAGCAGAUAAGACUUUUUUAUCUUCAAUAGCCAAAAGGUGCCAAAGCUUCCUGAUGGAGAAUCUGUUUGGUCCCUGUCACAUGUGCAUAAUGAUAGGUUACCCUAGCCAAGUGAUUGGCGCUUUGUUGGUUGGAAAGCCCCACUAAGCUUUGGUUAUGCAAAUCU